AUGGUUACCAAUCCCACUCUAUAUCCUCCUGAUAUUACUAUAACCAUGGUUAGCAAGACUCAUUAUUUUAGAGCAAACUGUAUGGGUAAUGAUGAAUGUCCAUUGACAUUAGAUGAUGCUGGCGGCGUUUUAGGACAUGCAUACUUUCCUGACUCUAGCGGCACCUGUAGAGAAAUCCAUUUAGAUAUAAAUGAACGCUGGUAUUUUGGAAAUAAUCCUAUAUACCCAAAAAUCAAACUAGUUUUCUUAUGGUGUUGGUUCAUGAAAUUGGACAUGCUCUCGGCAUAG